UAAAACGUUGCAGAAACAUCGCGGGUGUGUUGAACGCAGCCUGCACAGUAACACCAACUACAGAUACUUUCAUUUUUUCAUCCUCCUCUCCUCUCGCGAUAGAGCGGCGGAGUGCUUUGACGGGCAGUCGAGGUUGCAGCAGGCAGAGGGAGACGGUGGAAGGUAAAGCAGGGAGGCAGCAUCAUGGCGGACAGAGACAGUGGCAGUGACCACGGUGGGCCCACCGCAGGCCCCGGCUCGUUGCCCCCGGGCGCGACGGGCGCCAUGUCCCGUCUGCAGCACGACACCGAGGAGCUCGCCUCCAAGCGCGUCGACAUCCAAAACAAGCGCUUCUACCUUGACGUGAAGCAGAAUGUGAAAGGCCGCUUCCUAAAGAUAGCCGAGGUCGGGGCUGGGGGAAACAAGAGCCGCCUCACUCUCUCCAUGUCGGUUGCCGUGGAGUUCCGCGAUUAUCUCGGGGACUUUAUCGAACAUUAUGCUCAGCUGGGCCCGUCCAACCCGGACAUUGUGCAGGAUGAGCCCCGGCGGGCGCUCAAGAGCGAAUUCCUGGUCCGGGAGAAUCGGAAAUAUUACAUGGAUCUGAAAGAGAACCAGAGGGGGCGGUUCCUGAGGAUCCGACAGACCGUUAAUCGGGGACCCGGAUUGGGAAGCGCGCAAGGCCAGACCAUCGCUUUGCCGGCUCAGGGUCUCAUCGAGUUCCGCGACGCUUUGGCCAAACUAAUCGACGACUAUGGCGUGGACGAGGAGCCGGCGGAGCUGCCGGAGGGCACCUCGCUCACGGUCGACAACAAGCGCUUCUUCUUCGACGUAGGCUCCAAUAAGUACGGGGUCUUCAUGCGGGUCAGCGAGGUGAAGCCUACGUACCGGAACUCCAUCACUGUUCCGAGCAAAGUUUGGUCCAAAUUCGGCAACACCUUCAGUAAAUAUGCGGAUGAGAUGAGGAAGAUCCAGGAGAGGAGUAGAGAGAAGCGGGCCUCCGAACUGCUGCCAGAGGGCCCGCACGUUGGAGACGACGGUGACGACGACUGACGUGGAUUUUGGGAGAGCAGAGAUGAAACGACUGACUUAUAACUGUAAAAUAGAAAGAUAAUUUCCAAGGGAAUCACCCCACACACACAACCUCCACAGACACAGCAGCACAUCUGCUGUCUCCUCGCUCAUUUAACUGGAUGACACCCCCACUUACCACCCAUGUAACAGUAAGCCGCUGCUAUCAAGGAUUGAACUGUAAGAUAUGAACUGUUUCCUACUUGAUUUAAAUGACAAUGAACAGAGUGUUUAUAUCUCUAUCAAUGACAGAUUUUGCACACAUCAAAGCUAUUUCGAAAAAAAAAUGUUUAAAUGUUUUCAAGCUGGUAAUGUGCUAAAAUGUAAUCAAAAAACGAAACCAGAGGUCUAUUAUUGUAAUGACAGUAGAACGAAUAUUUGACAUCAGCACAAAGAGAAUAUAUCAUGGACUUUAUGAAACCAAAAUCAGAUAUCAGAUGUAUAGUUUAUUAUAACGGUACGCAGAAUAAAUAUGAAAGCGCUCUCAAAGUGUAUGAAUUGCAGAAGGCACUACAGGCCUGUAAACACCUGUCAGCAUGCGUGUAGACUCAUAUUUUGACAAGACGUUUGGCGAAGUAGGCUGCAGUCUUUAAAUUGACCUAAAACAUAGUAGGCUAAUUAAAGCAUUUCUAUCAUGCCAUUAUGGAAAGGUUGAGACUCGAAAUCAAAUCCUAUUUUACCGGCCAAAAACAAACGGGAUACACUUAUCUCUGAGCUACUAUAUUGAAUAUCAACCCUCUUGCACCAUGUCCAUGUAAACUUAAAGAAAAAAAAGUGCUAACUUAGAUGUACUAAUUAUGAUUUUGUGAAUCAGCUGUAAAAAAAAAAAUCCUUAUUAAGAUACCCACGUUUUCUGUGGGUUAAGUUGUUUCUUUCUUACUUCGUUGUUUUUCCUCUGGGGGUUGGGGGAUGCAAAAGGGUAAGGUCCACUUGUGGGAUCGCAAGUCGCGGAAACAAAAAAAGAGACGCGUCAGCGUAGCGCGCGGCGAGGCAACCCAUCCUCUCUGACGUCAUUACGACCCGUGCCUUAUACACUCCACUCGUCUACGUGCUCUCACGUGGAUGGUCUGUGACCUCGACUGCUGUACGUCUUCAUUUACGAGUGCUGUUAUGUAGGCAGAAAUAUAUUCUCCCCAUCACUGCAGGAUUUACACCCCUGCAGUUUAUGGUGCAUGGGUGGCAACACCAAAAAUGAGGUGAAGGCUGCUGGGAGCUUAGAGGCCAACAGUGGUAGAGGGUUUAAACAAAGCUCCAAGCUGGAGCAGGCCCCGCAGAGAGAUGAGGUGCUUGCGUUGGUACACUUUGGAAAAGGGUGGAGGCCUCACUGUGUUAUGGCACCCUGGGGCCCAGAAUCCCUAGCAGCACACCUGGCUGGGUGGCCUCUCACUGAGCCGAGAUAAGUCUCACUAGAACAGGAAGCAACCUUGGAUGUUACCGCCUAUGGCAGCACUGGUGGUCAGCGGGGAGAUUCAGCUGGAGAUGUUACGGGUGGAUUUGCACAGCAUAUGCACCAUGAUGUUAAAAAAAAACAGCAAGAGCAAAAAAACUAAAUCAGGAGCGGCUGGAUGAGGUAAUUUGUCAGAGCUGAGAUGGAUGCUGUCAGAGAGCCAGGCAGUCAGCUAGCCAGGCAGGCCAGCCGGCCACAUACAGUCAGUCUGAGUGCAGUCCAGUGGAUGUAGAGGCCUAGAAGUGUAGGGUCCAGGCAGUAUCUAUCUCUUUAUGGUGCUACAGCCCCUUGAUCUCUCCUUCGGGGUAUCACCGCUCAGAAUAUGUCACUCUUGCAUUACUGUUAUUCUUAUACUCGUUUUUUUCGUCAAAGUUCUUUUCUCCACAUUGUGUUGUCCAAAACGUGUCAGGUUUUUUCCCUCCCAGGCAGAGAGGAAUCCACUGGCUUGUGUAGGAUAUUUCAUCUUAGUGUGCAAUAUUGUGAACGUGCCAAUCGUGGCAUUGUAUCAUCUGUAUAGACUAUUAAAAGACGAAAAAAUGUAUAGGCUAUGUGAUCAGUAGAUAUUUGAAAGCAUGUCAAUGAGGUUGAUGCAUCUUCAUUACAUUUCCGAAAUGUGAAGUCUUUCUUCUCAAGCAACUGCUCAAAGUGAAAUAAGAGUCAGACUAGUAGUGAGGUAUCUUUCCUGUCACGUUCUGUAAACCAGUAGGCUGCCUUGUCUGUCUCUCAGUGCGCAUAGACUCGCUUGGGUGUUUUACGUCCCCCUACAGUCAGUCCAGAGAAAACCGUCUCCCUCCUCCCCCUGUUGAGGCCUCUUGUUGCUCUUUGAGUCUUUGAGAGGCCUCUCAAGUAUUUUGAAUGGUGUCUAGAACUGCACAAGGCCUCCUCUCAUUAAAAUCAAGGAAACUGUGAGUUUGGAGCCUGAGUGCGACCCCCUCUCCUACCUGGGACUGCCGAUUGCAGGACAGCUGAACUUCAGUUUGACUUUGACUUGUCUUUGAUUUCACUUGAGCUAGUGAUUAGCUGCAGCAGACCCAAAGGACAGAGGAGUCUGUUGCUGUUUUUAAAACUAGGAAUACAGUCCCUCUCUGAUGCGGGCAGACUAUGAUCUCAGGUCUGCUUGUCAGGAGUCCCUGCAUAACACAAAAAGGCUCCUUUUUCAUUGUCCAGGCAGCGAAACUGUAUGUUACAUUCAGACACGCAAUGCAGUCCAUUCCCUCUUUUGACCUGAUCGACCUGUAGGCUUACAUUGAAGUGCUUGUUAACAGUCAACAUGUUUUAAGUGGUUAUUCCACCGAUCAGCUUUAUUUAAAGCAGGUUGGCCUACAAUGGCUUAUAUUACUGAACCAAGUCACACGCCCUGUUAGAGUUGCGUGCCACCUAGCUGACAUGGAGGGGAAACACAGACUGCAUGGACUACAGCUUUAGAGGCCUCUGCUGGAAAAAAGCUAUUUAUGUUCUAGCCCUGUUCUCUCCGACAUGUUGGAUAUCUGAGGCUAGACUGAAGCAGAUAUACUCAAAGAACACCUGGUCAAAGAAAGUAACAGACAUCUUACUGAAUCCCUCCCUAAAAGGUUUUGUGCUUGAUCUGUGCUUGAUCUGUGCUUGACUGGUCAUGCCUGUGGCAUUUGAGCGAAGAAAAAUGUUCCAGAAAAUCCCAUCUGUUCUUCGCAAGACUUGUUUUGGCUCAGGUUUGUCUCUGAGUGUUGGUGAAAGGCCUGAUGAAGCCUGGCACUGCACUGUAGGGGCUUACAGCAGCAUUCUACCAUGACCUACUGACCCGGCCAACAGUCAGACCCAGUUAGGACUGUUCUCAGUUCUGGAGAGGAACAGGAAAUCUCUCUCUCCUCUUGCACAGAAGAUUAUAUUUCCUCACUUUACCCUGUGAAUGUUAAAAAGCCCAUUUCCAUUAAACUCACGUACAAGCCACCUAUGACUAUGUGCCUGGCUAAGCACAUCUGAGGUCAUUCUGAGUUCGUCUUGAGUUCAGCACGAGUGUGGAACCUGUUGUGAGCAUUCUACCUUUAGCUUAAAUCCAUGUCAGCCUCUAGGAGGGUCAUGCUAUGCUAACACCUCCUGUCUCUUUCUCUCACCCUAAUAGCCAAAUAUAGGGAGAGCCUCAGCCUGCUCAUGGAGUUAAAUUUGUGAAUACCUAACUCUGUGACACACACACGUUAAAAAAAAGAGUAAAAGCUGUGUUGUAUGGUAAUAGACUAGUCGCCAGGUGCCACUGGAUCAGUCGUGUUUUAGUGUAGAAAUGUGAUUCUGUUAUGAAACAUGACUCAUCCAUUUUGGGUGCAGGAGGGCACUCGUGAUUCUGCCGAAAACAAUGUGAUCAAAUCUGAUUUCUGAGUUUAUGAGAGCUCACCCGGUGUCACAGCAAAACCUGCAGUGACCUUGCAGCCAUGUUGUGCUCACAUUGUCAUCCAUUUCUGGGACUCAGAUGCAAAAUGGUAGGCAGAUGUUUUUCCAUCUUGUUCCCCAUGUGAAGCGUCAGUAGUCCAGCUGUGUCCCGUCCUCAGUUGCUCUGGCUAAGUUCAGCGUAUAGGGGUGAAGAUGCACUGAAGCUGUAAGCAUUGACAAGAAUGUUGUCAUUUAUUAUACAUUGGUUGCCAUUGUAACAGUCCUUAAUCAUGGUGUUGCCCUGCCUUUUGUCUGUUUUUGCUGGUGUUCAUUUUUGUCAAGUUUAUUUAAAGAGGUUUCUUUUGUUGCUCAAGGUGUCCAGACCAUUCAUUGCAUGUUUCAAUAAAUGGAAACAGAUAGCAAAUUAAAUGGACAUAAUUCAGUGCAAUAGCAACAGUAGCCACUUGUUGCAUGUACUCAGAGUCAGGUUGCUAUGGUGGCUCCCAGCUGCAGGUGCUUCGUCUGCUUGUUCCUCCUGGCUUUAAGAGGGAGGUUAUACAUGUUUAUGACUACAUUCAACCAGCCACAUGCUCACAACUUAUAACAGCAAACUUCCACAGAAAUCAAAUAUGGGCGGUGACCACACGCCUCUACCAAACUGUACAAGUACUGACUGAAAACAGACAAAACUUCCAUUAAGGGGUCCCAGACAACCAAAUCUUCUCUGUUUCUGGUUUUUAGUGUUGUAUUCUUUCAUUGGCCAUUCAGAGUCCCUCGUUAAUCACACAGCCAAUCGCAGCCUGUGGUAAAAGCUAAGCACUAUAUGACUCAUCACAAACCACUGACAGAGAAGCUAAUUCAGCAUGUCUUGUGUUUGCACACGCACCUAGUAGAAGGGUCCAUCAUGUUUGCAGACUGUAUAGGCUACUGUUGCGUAUAGAUAUAAAGACUUUCUUUCUGAUGAUUUGAAGAUGUUGGGAAAUGGAUCCUGGAUUUCAAGGGGUGGGGUCAAUGCACAAUGAACAUAUCCCAUGUCACAGUUUGGUCUAAAUCCCUUUACCAUCCCCAUAUGAGAUAAUGUGUUGUAUCUUUCAAAAUAUUUUAUCUGUGGCGUGUGUGUGUGUGCGUGUGUGUGUGUGUAUAUAUAUAAAUAUAUAUAUGGUUUGUUAUAUAUGAUGCUCCUCCUUUCAGAAAAAUAUAACAUGUAAACAGGAAAAAACAUAUUGCUGUUUUUGUUCCUUUGUAUUUUAUACUUACAGAAAGCAUUGAAUAAAAUGAAUACUUGCACUUUAGAUAUAUUAAGAAAAUAAAAAUCGGCAUAUUAUUUUUGAUAGGGAUCUCACAUUCAAAGAGUAAAUUAAAGGCUUUGUGACUAUUGCUGGACAGAGAUGUAUUGAGUUCUACUUAUUGAAGUAUAUUUUGUCUGUGUGUCAGAAGGUUUACUUAAGUAAAUUGCAUGAUAAAGUAGUGCUACACCGAUAUUGUUCUUUUUUUAGUUGGUAAAAAUGUCUGAAAACUGUGAUAACAACCCUCCUAUAUCAUGUUUAACCUCUCCUCACCCCUUCUAGAAUAUUUCUUACUGAAAUAUGGCCUUUCCUGACUACAUGAUGAUGAUGGUGCUUACUUUGGCUUUGACAUCAAGCUCAUCCUAUACAUCUCAACGUCUUCAUAACUCGCGUCCUCACACUUCAUUACUUUCUGUUAUGUACUCUCGCUACCUUAUUAAAUUUUCUGUUGAUGGCAAAAAAGGUGUGCUGUUUUGUACAUUGCUCUUUGUUUUAAUGUUGGGGAGCCUUGUCUGAAUAAAUGACUAAUUGCGCAAUAAAGUCAUUCCACAUGU